AGAAGUAUAAGGGAGCUGAAGUAACAAAUCCAAGAUCGUAUAAUGUAGACAAAGAACUUCUAUCACUAUCCGAAGUAAUGGACCGAGACCAAAACUCGAACUAUAGAAAUCGAUUCACAUCAAUUAA